UCCGCCCAGGCCCCAGCGUGUACCACUCUGGCGCUCCAGAGGCGGCCUCUUGUGCGAUCCAGGGCGCGCAGGGCUGGGAGAGCGCCCCGGGGCCCCUGCUCUCCACGCCAGAGGUUGGAAGAGGGUGGGUCGCCGCCGCCUGAGGGCGAGAGCGCCAGAGGAGCGGGAAGAAGGAGCGCUAGCCCGCCCGCCUGCCUCCUCGCUGCCUCCCCGGCACUGGCUCUCUGGACUCCUAGGCUUGCUGGCUGCUCCUCCCACCCGCGCCCGCCUCCUCACUCGCCUCUUCGUUCGCCGGGGCUGCUUUCCAAGCCCGGCGGUGCGCCCGGGCGAGUGCGGGGCGAGGGGCCCGGGGCCAGCACCCAGCAGGGGGCGGGGGUCCGGGCAGAGCGCGGCAGGCCGGGGAGGGGCCAUGUCUGGCGCGGGCGCAGCGGGGCCCGUCUGCAGCAAGUGACCGAGCGGCGCGAACGGCCGCCUGCCCCUUCUGCCACCUGGGGCGGUGCGGGCCCGGAGCCCGAAGCCCGGAGCCCGGGUCGCGCGUAGAGCCGGCGCGAUGCACGUGCGCUCGCUGCGCGCUGCGGCGCCGCACAGCUUCGUGGCGCUCUGGGCACCCCUGUUCCUGCUGCGCUCCGCCUUGGCCGACUUCAGCCUGGACAACGAGGUGCACUCGAGCUUCAUCCAUCGGCGCCUCCGCAGCCAGGAGCGGCGGGAGAUGCAGCGCGAGAUCCUCUCCAUUUUGGGCUUGCCCCACCGCCCGCGCCCGCACCUCCAGGGCAAGCACAACUCGGCGCCCAUGUUCAUGCUGGACCUGUACAACGCCAUGGCGGUGGAGGAGGGCGGCGGGCCCGGCGGCCAGGGCUUCUCCUACCCCUACAAGGCCGUCUUCAGCACCCAGGGCCCCCCUCUGGCCAGCUUGCAAGAUAGCCAUUUCCUCACCGACGCCGACAUGGUCAUGAGCUUCGUCAACCUCGUGGAACAUGACAAGGAAUUCUUCCACCCACGCUACCACCAUCGAGAGUUCCGGUUUGAUCUUUCCAAGAUCCCAGAAGGGGAAGCUGUUACGGCAGCCGAAUUCCGGAUCUACAAGGACUACAUCCGGGAACGCUUUGACAAUGAGACGUUCCGGAUCAGCGUUUAUCAGGUGCUCCAGGAGCACUUGGGCAGGGAAUCGGAUCUCUUCCUGCUCGACAGCCGCACCCUCUGGGCCUCAGAGGAGGGCUGGCUGGUGUUCGACAUCACAGCCACCAGCAACCACUGGGUGGUCAAUCCGCGGCACAACCUGGGCCUGCAGCUCUCGGUGGAGACGCUGGAUGGGCAGAGCAUCAACCCCAAGUUGGCGGGCCUGAUUGGGCGGCACGGGCCCCAGAAUAAGCAGCCCUUCAUGGUGGCUUUCUUCAAGGCCACGGAGGUCCACUUCCGCAGCAUCCGGUCCACGGGGAGCAAACAGCGCAGCCAGAACCGCUCCAAGACGCCCAAGAACCAGGAAGCCCUGCGGAUGGCCAAUGUGGCAGAGAACAGCAGCAGUGACCAGAGGCAGGCCUGUAAGAAGCACGAGCUGUACGUCAGCUUCCGAGACCUGGGCUGGCAGGACUGGAUCAUCGCGCCUGAAGGCUACGCCGCCUACUACUGUGAGGGGGAGUGUGCCUUCCCUCUGAACUCCUACAUGAACGCCACCAACCACGCCAUCGUGCAGACACUGGUCCACUUCAUCAACCCGGAAACGGUGCCCAAGCCCUGCUGUGCGCCCACACAGCUCAAUGCCAUCUCCGUCCUCUACUUCGAUGACAGCUCCAACGUCAUCCUGAAGAAAUACAGAAACAUGGUGGUUCGGGCCUGUGGCUGCCACUAGCCCCUCCGGGAAUUCAGACCCUUUGGGGCCAAGUUUUUCUGGAUCCUCCAUUGCUCGCCUUGGCCAGGAACCAGCAGAUCAACUGCCUUUUGUGAGACCUUUCCUUCCCUAUCCUCAACUUUAAAGGUGCAAGAGUAUUAGGAAACGUGAGCAGCAUAUGGCUUUUGAUCAAUUUUUCAUCCAAUGAACAAGAUCCUACAAGCUGUACAGGCAAAACCUAGCAGGGGAAAAAAAAACACACAUAAAGAAAAAUGGCUGGGCCAGGUCAUUGGCUGGGAAGUCUCAGCCAUGCACGGACUCGUUUCCAGAGGUAAUUAUGAGGGCCCGCCAGCCAGGCCACCCAGCCGUGGGAGGAAGGGGGCGUGGCAAGGGGUGGGCACAUUGGUGUCUGUGCGAAAGGAAAAUUGACCCGGAAGUUCCUGUAAUAAAUGUCACAAUAAAACGAAUGAAUGAAAAUGGUUAGGAUGUUACAGAUAUAUUUUCCUAAACAAUUUAUCCCCAUUUCUCGGUUUAUCCUGAUGCAUAAACAGAAGCUGUGUCAUGUGGAGGGCGGGGAGGUCCCUCUCCAUUCCCUACAGGUUUCAUUCUGAGGCUUGCAGAGGUCCAGUGUUUACCGAGGUUUGCCCAAAUCCAAGAUCUAGUGGGAGGGGAAAGAGCAAAUGUCUGCUCGGAGGAGGGUUGUGUGUUGACCUUUGGAGGAAAAAUAUGUUCUGUUGUUCAGCUGGAUUUGCAGUGGCAGAAAUGAAACUAGGUGUGUGAAACACCUGCAGACAUUUGGAAUUGGCUUUUCAGCUCGCCCCAGUGGUAGUAAAUCCAUGUGAAAUUGCAGAGGGUACAAGGACAGCAAGUAGGAUGGAACUUGCAACUCGACCCUGUUGUUAAGAAGCACCAAUGGGCCAGGCGUGGUGGCUCAUGCCUGUAAUCCCAGCACUUUGGGAGGCUGAGAUGGGCGGAUCACUUGAGGUCAGGAGUUUGAGACCAGCCUGGCCAACAUGGUGAAACCCCAUCUCUACUAAAAAUACAAAAAUUAGCUGGGCAUGGUGGCAUGCGCCUGUAAUCCCAGCUACUCUGGAGGCUGAGGCAGGAGAAUCGCUUGAACCCAGGAGGUGGAGGUUGCAGUGAGCCGAGAUCACCCCACUGCACUCCAGCUUGGGUGACAAAGCGAGACUCCAUCUCAAAAGAAAAAAAAAAAAAAGGAAGCACCAAUGAAGCCUAGUUCUCCAUGGGAGUGGGGUGAGCAGGGGUACUGCACAUCCUCCCAGUGGACCCUCUGGUCUUUGUCUGCAGCGGCAUUCCAAGGCUGGCCCUGGCAGGGGUACCCGUGGCUGUCUCUUCAUUUGCAGACCCUGAUCAGAAGUCUCUGCAAACAAAUUUGCUCCUUGAAGUAAGGGGGAGAUGGCAUAAUAGGAGGUCUGAUGGGUGCAGGAUGUGCUGGACUCACAUUGCAAACAGAAGCCUUGUUGAGGGUAACAUCCUAACCAAGUGUCCCGAUUUGGAGGUGGCAUUUCUGACAUGGCUCUUGGUGUAAGCCCACCUUGCCUUGGCUGGUGAGUCCCAUAAAUAGUACGCAGUCAGCCUACGGCCACAAACACAAGGCCUGGGGGAGGGCUACACUGUCUACAAACGUUUUCCGCAUCUGUAAAGGAAGCAAGGUGAUCCGAGACUGUGGCCAUGUGGAACCCGGUCUUGUGGGGGACUGUUUCUCCAUCUUGACUCAGACAGUUCCUGGAAACACCGGGGCUCUGUUUUUCUUUUCCUUGAUGUUUUUCUUCUUUAGUAGCUUGGGCUGCAGCCUCCACUCUCUAGUCACUGGGGAGGAGUAUUUUUUGUUAUGUUUGGUUUCAUUUGCUGGCAGAGCUGGGGCUUUUUGUGUGAUCCCUCUUGGUGCAGGUUUUCUCACCACUUACUGACCCAACCAGCCUCUGGUUAGCAUCAUUUGUACAUUUAAGCCUGUAAAUAGUUGUUACAAAGCAAAGAGAUUAUUUAUUUCCAUCCAAAGCUCUUUUGAAUCCCCCACCCCUUAAUCCCUCGUUCAGGAUGGCGAGCUUGCUUUCCUUCAACCUGUUUGUUUUCUUAUUUAAGACUAUUUAUUAAUGGUUGGACCAAUGUACUCAUGGCUGUUGCGUCGAACAGUCUUUAGUGAAAAUUCUGUAUAAAUAGACAAAAUAAAAAGGGUUUGACUUUGCAAUAAAAGGAGACGUUUGGUUCUGGUU